CUCUUUCUCUCUCUUUCUCUUUGAAUACCAUAAAACAAGGUUCUUUGGUCCAUCGUUCCUCCUCUGCAUUCAGCCCCUUUUUCUCUAGAAGAAGAUUGUGCUAACUUACAGAGAUUAAGAACUGGAAGAUAACAACAGUCCUUUGUCACUAGACAUGAUAAACCUAGGCAGGUCAAGAAGUCAGCCAAGGUACACAAGAUCCAUGUCCUUAGGAGGUAUGGAUUAUGCAGAUCCAAAAAAGAAGAACAACUAUGUAGGCAAACUCUUAUUGGUGGCUGUCCUAACUGCAAUAUGCAUUCUCUUGCUGAAACAAUCACCAAAUUUCAACACCCCAAGUCAAUUCUCACGUCAUGAACAGGGGGUUACUCACGUGCUUGUAACAGGAGGAGCUGGUUACAUCGGUUCACAUGCAGCUUUAAGGCUUCUUAUGGACUCACAUCGUGUCACAAUAGUGGACAAUCUUUCUCGAGGAAAUCUAGGCGCUAUUAAGGUGUUGCAAGGGCUAUUUCCCGAACCAGGAAGGCUUCAGUUUAUUUAUGCAGAUCUGGGGGAUUCCAGAGUUGUGAAUAAAAUAUUCUCCGAGAAUGCAUUUGAUGCUGUCAUGCAUUUUGCAGCUGUUGCCUAUGUUGGAGAGAGCACCCUUGAUCCUCUUAAGUAUUAUCAUAACAUCACAUCGAAUACUUUGGUUGUGUUAGAGGCAAUGGCAACUCAUGGUGUGAAGACAUUAAUAUAUUCUAGUACUUGUGCAACUUAUGGUGAACCUGAUAAAAUGCCAAUUACUGAAUCAACUACCCAGGUUCCUAUCAAUCCCUAUGGAAAAGCAAAGAAGAUGGCAGAAGAUAUCAUCCUGGAUUUUCAUAAGAACUCAAAUAUGGCUGUGAUGAUACUAAGGUACUUUAAUGUAAUUGGCUCUGAUCCAGAGGGUAGACUAGGAGAAGCUCCUAGACCUGAACUGCGUGAGCAUGGACGUAUAUCCGGUGCUUGUUUUGAUGCUGCUCGUGGGAUCAUUCCCGGGCUAAAGGUAAGAGGAACGGACUAUAGUACUCGAGAUGGUACUUGCAUAAGGGAUUAUAUUGAUGUCAACGAUCUGGUUGAUGCUCAUGUUAAAGCCCUCGAGAAAGCCUUACCAGGGAAAGUAGGAAUCUACAAUGUUGGAACCGGAAAAGGUAGGACGGUUAGAGAGUUUGUUGAUGCAUGUAUGAAGGCAACCGGAGCUAAGAUCAAAGUUGAAUUCUUGGAAAGGCGACCUGGGGAUUAUGCUGAAGUUUACAGUGACCCAACAAAGAUAAGAGAAGAACUGAACUGGACAGCGAAAUAUACAGAUCUUCAACAGAGCUUGCAAACAGCUUGGAUAUGGCAGAAAUCGCAUCACAAUGGCUAUGGGGUGUCGUCGGUAUAUGUAUCCUCUUAGAGGAGGAGGAUAUGAAUUCAACUUAUGAAGAUGAGUCCUGAAUUCAGGGCUCUCAUUUACAGAGAAGUUUAACUAAUCAUAGAAGAAGAAGAUGGAAUCAUUGAAGGUUUGUGAAAAUUCUUUUCCCCUCUUUUUUAACUUUGAAUAUUAUGGGGGAGGAUAGUCUGAGAUGGAUGUAGUAGUUAGGCAGCUCAUUUUUCUACUUUCAUGUAUUGAAUUCAACAUUAUUAUAUUUGUCUGAUAGUAAUAAUUC